AUGCCUCCAAGUAUUCAAGACACCACCACAGGCGCCCCUGUCGCCGAAGUCGCAGCCCCCGCCCCCGCCUUCCUUGAUACACAGCCAGGUCCAGACCAUGACUGGAGAAUCACCCUGAAGGACAAGGUCAUUGCCAUCACCGGUGCCAACCGAGGUAUUGGUCUGGCCAUUGCAGAGGUCUGCCUAGCCAACGAGGCAGCAGCCAUCUUCAGUCUCGACGUGUUCGAGCCCGGCGAGGAAUUCGUCGCCCUGCAAAAUGCCAACCCCAAGCGCUUAUCUUACGUCCACUGCGACGUCACCUCCGAAGAGAGCGUCAACACCGCAAUCGAUGCUGUCAUCUCCGCACGAGGCGCCAUCCACGGCUUCAUCGCAAACGCCGGAAUGACGAAGCACCAGCCCGCGCUCGAUUUCAGCCGCGCCCAGCUGGACCAACUGUUCAAUCUCAACGUGUUUGGUGCCUACUUCUGCGCCACGACUGUGGCCCGCCGCUUCAUUGAGCUGGGAAUCAAGGGAUCCAUUGUCUUCACUGCUUCCAUGACAUCGUAUCGGCCCAACCGUGCCGCGCCCUCAGCUCCUUACGGAGCUACCAAGGGUGCUGUGCGGAAUAUGACGCAUACGCUGGCGAUGGAGUGGGCCAAACAUGGCAUUCGCGUCAACUCGAUCUCACCGGGCUUUAUCAAAACUGCUAUGACCUACUUUGUGAAUCAGGCACCGGACUGGAACCUCAAGAUGCAAUACUAUGGUGGCAUGCCCAGAUUGGCUGACCCCAAGGAGCUUGGCGGAGCCUACGUUUAUCUGCUCUCUGACGGUGCAUCUUACACUACUGGAAUCGAUAUUCCGGUUGCUGGUAUUGUCGGAGCGUGGUGA